AUGAAUGAGAUAUCAACAAAUGCUACAGCAUUUCCUCACCGCGCAGGAAAUCUGUUCAAUAUUGAAUAUGCUGUUACUUGGGCUGAACCGGGAGACGCUGCAGACAAUAACUAUAUAACGCAGAUUAGAAGGUUACACAGUUAUAUGACCCCUUUCGUGUCCAAAAAUCCAAGGAGAGCUUUUCUGAAUUAUAGGGACCUUGACAUUGCUGUGUAA